ACGCUCCCCCCUCCCCCCUCGCUCCGCUCACUGUGUGCCGUCUCGCCCCGCCCCGCCCCCCACCUGUUCGACGGAAGUCCGCUCCCCGCCGGCGGGGCGACGAUGGUCUUCAAGGGCCGCUUCUUCUCGUCGCGGCACAAGUCGUCCGAGUCCUCCAGCCCCGACGGCAGCAACAGCCCGCGCACGCCCACCUCCGCGCCGGGGGCGGCCUCCGCGGCCUCGCCGGCCUCCUCCUCCGCCUCCUCCAGAUCCGACAAGAAGAAGCCCAAAUCCGAGACCCCCAAGAAGCGCGACAAGCUCUUCGGCUCCGCCGCCGUCGCCGUGCUCUCCCCCAGGGCCUCCCCGGCCUCCUCCACCUCCAGCCCCUCCGACGCCAGGAAGCACCACCUCAGGGAUGCCGCCCCCGCCGCCGCGCUCUCGCCGAUCCUCGCCUCCUCGCUCGGCCUCAACAAGAUCAAGACGAGAUCCGGCCCGCUGCCGCACGAGGGCCAGCGGAUGGCCGCCGCGCUCGGGAGCAGCAACCUCGCGCGCGGCCACUCCCAGGCCGGGAGAACCUCCGGGAAGAAGGCCGUCAGCUCCUGGGCCGAUUCCACUAGCGCUGGCAGUGCUAGUAACCGGGGCAAGGGAAAGGCGGUCGAGCAGCCCGUGCAACCCGUGCGUGGAGCGGCGGGGACGGCCGUGGAAGCAGAAGGGAAGAGCGCCGCAAAAGCUAAAUCUAAUUCAUUUCGGAACCAUUCAGGAGAUUUGAGGACUCCGCCCCAAAUACCAGCGACCGUGUCUGCAUAUGAUGCCUGUGAAACGCCAAAGGAAUCCGAGUCUCCACGCUUCAAGGCCAUUAUGCAGGCUACCAGUGCACCAAGGAAGAGAAACCCUUCAGAUAUAAAAAGUUUUUCACAUGAGUUGAACUCCAAAGGGGUCCGACCAUUCCCAUUCUUGAAACCUCGAGGCGUAUACAACUUGAAGGAGGUGUUAAAAGUUAUUCAGGUGAGAUUUGAGAAGGCAAAGGAAGAGGUAAAUACAGAUUUGGCAGUUUUUGCGGGAGACUUGGUUAGUGUAAUGGAGAAGUACGCAGACUCUCAUCCUGAGUGGAAAGAAACUUUGGAGGAUUUGUUAAUACUUGCACGCAGCUGCUCUGUAAUGACACCCGGGGAACUUUGGCUACAAUGUGAAGGUAUAGUGCAAGAUUUGGAUGAUCAACGUCAGGAGCUCCCGAUGGGUGUGCUGAAGAAGCUUUACACUCGGAUGCUCUUUAUCCUUACAAGAUGUACAAGGCUGCUCCAGUUUCACAAGGAGAGUGGAUUUGCUGAGGACGAAAUUGUUAUGGAUCAGCGAGAUAAGAUUAUACAAUCUGCUGAUAACAAGAUUUUAACCCAAUCAGGUCCACAUGCUACAACAACAAGCAGAAGUAGCAAAAGCGACGCAAGAAAAUCAUACAGUCAAGAGCAGCAUAAUAUGAAAUGGAGAAGAAGCCAGGAGAUAAAACCUGUUAAGAUUCUUUUGCCCCUUGACACUGAUAUCAAGAAAGAGGUUGAAUCUCCAACCAGAGAACGGAUUUCUUCCUGGAAACCUUUUCCAUCACCUGUCCCAAAGCCCCCAAAAGAACCUACCCCUAUUAAAGAGGAAUCGCCUACUAAGAAAAUAGAUACACUCGCUACGAUUCCUAGCGGCGUUGAGUUAACCAGUCCAGUAGAAUCUGUAUCACAUCAACCGCUUCCUCCCAAGCAUCAACACAAAACUUCAUGGGGACACUGGUCUGACCAGCCAAAUAUUUCUGAAGAGGGUUCAAUAAUGUGUCGCAUAUGUGAAGAAUAUAUCCCUACAAAUUACGUAGAAAAUCAUUCGGCAGUCUGUGCAAUCGCUGACAGGUGUGACCAAAAAGGCGUAAGCGUUGAUGAACGUUUAGUAAGAGUUGCAGAAACACUUGAAAAGUUGGUCGAGUCUUAUACGCAGAGAGACCUUAUCAAUUCUGUCAGCAGCCCAGAUGCUGCAAAAGUUUCAAAUCCAAGCAUCAAUGAAGAAUCUGAUGGCGCCUCUCCAAAACUGUCUGAUUGGUCUAGAAGAGGUUCUGCUGAUAUGACCGACUAUCUCCAAGAGGCUGAUAACACUAUUUCGUUGGAUGACAUAAAAAAUCUUCCUUCAAUGACAUGUAAGACUCGCUUUGGGCCAAAAUCUGAUCAUGGAAUGGCUACAUCAUCGGCAGGAAGUAUGACUCCUCGAUCUCCACUAACAACUCCAAGAUCAAAUCAUAUAGACAUGCUUUUAGCUGGUAGAAGUGCGAUUAAUGAGAGUAAUGAUCUUCCACAGAUUGUUGAACUUGCUGAUAUUGCACGAUGUAUUGCAAAUACUCCUCUGGAUGAAGAAAGUGCUUUAUCCCAAUUGGUUACCUGCAUAGAAGAUCUGCAAGAAAUUGUCAAUCGUAGGAAGCAUGAAGCCCUCACAGUGCAAACAUUUGGCACUCGCAUAGAAAAACUCCACCGGGAGAAAUACCUGCAGCUUUGUGACUCUGUUGAUAUGGACAAGGUUGACUCGUCAAGUACCAUAAUGGACGAAGAAGAUGAUGUUGUUCGUAGCUUACGGGCAAGUCCUGUUCAUCCAGUCAAGGAUCGUACUUCAAUCGAUGACUUUGAAAUCAUAAAACCUAUCAGCCGCGGAGCAUUUGGGCGUGUUUUCUUGGCCAAGAAAAGAACUACAGGAGAUCUCUUUGCUAUAAAGGUACUUAGGAAGGCAGAUAUGAUUCGAAAAAAUGCCGUCGAAAGUAUAUUGGCUGAACGUGAUAUAUUGAUCACGGUCAGGAAUCCUUUUGUGGUUCGUUUCUUCUAUUCGUUUACCUCUCGGGAAAAUUUGUAUCUGGUCAUGGAGUACUUAAAUGGAGGUGACCUGUACUCUUUACUGAGAAAUUUAGGGUGCUUGGAUGAAGAUGUUGCUCGUGUAUAUCUUGCAGAAGUUGUGCUAGCUUUGGAAUAUUUGCACUCCAUGCAGAUUGUUCAUAGAGAUCUAAAACCUGACAACCUAUUGAUUGCUCAUGAUGGGCAUGUAAAGUUGACAGAUUUUGGGUUGUCCAAGGUUGGUCUGAUCAAUAGCACAGAUGAUCUAUCUGGCCCUGCUGUUAGUGGGGCUUCAUUGUAUGGAGAUGAUGAACCUCAGAUGAAUGAAUUAGAGGAAAUGGAUCACCGAGCACGGCGACAAAAGCGUUCUGCGGUUGGAACCCCUGAUUAUUUAGCACCAGAAAUCCUUUUGGGGACAGGGCAUGGUACUAGUGCAGAUUGGUGGUCUGUAGGUGUAAUUCUUUUUGAGUUACUUGUUGGAAUACCUCCAUUUAAUGCAGAGCACCCUCAGACAAUUUUUGACAAUAUUCUUAAUCGCAAAAUACCUUGGCCACAUGUCCCAGAAGAGAUGAGUUUUGAAGCGAAAGAUCUAAUUGACAAAUUUUUGACAGAAGACCCUCAUCAACGUCUAGGAUCAGAUGGUGCCUCUGAGGUCAAACAACAUCCAUUCUUUAAGGAUGUUAGCUGGGAUACCAUUGCUAGGCAGAAGGCUGCCUUUGUUCCCUCCUCAGAUAGUGCAUUUGAUACCAGCUACUUCACCAGUCGUUACUCUUGGAAUCCAUCAGAUGAAAACAUAUAUGAAGCCUAUGAGUUCGAGGAUUCCAGUGAGAAUGGAAGCCUUAGUGGCAGCAGUAGUUGCGUGAGCAAUCACCAAGAUGACAUGGGGGAUGAGCAUGGAGGUGGCCCCACCGACUUUGAAUCCGGCCCAAAUGUCAAUUACUCUUUCAGCAACUUCUCGUUCAAGAAUCUUUCACAACUUGCAUCCAUCAAUUAUGAUCUGCUGACGAAAGGAUUGAAGGACGAGCCUCCGAUGAAACCUGAAACAUAGCCGUGUUUAUACUGAGGUUUGAUUUAUUUGAAGUAACCAAAAAGUUUACAAGGCGCUCGGGUGGUGUGGAUCUUGUACAUAUGAAAGUGAGGCAUGGACGUCCAGCGGAGUGCAGUUUUGCGGUGGAAACAAUUGUGGUGUCAUCGUCGGUGAAACAUCCUUGACCAUAAGUUGGCAUGAGUCACCUAGGAGCUCUGUUUUUUCUUUCUUUUUUCUUUUUUUGCUCCCAUCAUCGGCCUUGGGUGCCCAAGAUUGGUCAAGGUUUACUGUAUUCAGAAUACAACCCCUGAAAGUGAAGAUGGUCUCAGAAUUGUCGUAAUUGUGGCAGGUCAUUGGGGAUGGAGUAGGUUUACCUGUACUCAGAACUGUUGCCGUAACAUUCACUGGGUAUAAAUCUGGUCAAUGCCAAUGCUCUAAAUUUCUUGCUGGCAGUAUCAGUUUCUUUAAA